GCGAACACGCGCCCCCAGGGGGAGGUCCAAAAUGGAUGGGGACGGUAUCUGUCAGGAGAGUCGUAUGAGCUGUCUGCGUUAGACUUCUUUUCUGCGUUAGACUUCUUUUCUGCGAUCUUACAGAAACGAGUGAAUAUUCCGUGUCUCUUUAGUGUAGAGAAUGGAGACCUCUAAAUCCUCUACAAUGCAGGUCAGCUUUGUGUGUCAGAGGUGCAGUCAACCUCUGAAGUUGGACACAUCCUUCAAGAUCCUGGAUAAGGUCACCAUGCAGGAACUGACAGCCCCUCUGGUGACAACAGCAGCAGUAAAGCCAGGUGACAUUCAAGAAGUAGAUUCAAAUGUAGAGGAAACUUUUGCUGAAAACCGAACAGAUGGUGUAUCCCGAAGACUUAUCCCACCAGCGAGAAUGAUGUCAACAGAAAGUGCAACCAGUUUUACACUGAUAGGAGAGGCAUCUGAUGGCGGCACCAUGGAGAAUCUGAGCAGAAGACUGAAGGUGACGGGGGAUUUGUUUGACAUUAUGUCAGGGCAGACGGAUGUCGACCAUCCACUUUGUGAGGAAUGUACAGAUACCCUCUUGGACCAACUGGAUACUCAGUUAAACAUCACUGAGAACGAGUGUCAAAACUACAAACGGUGCCUCGAGAUUUUGGAGAGAAUGAAUGAAGAUGACAAAGAGAAACUGGAAGCCAAACUGAAGGAGCUGGCUGAGGAUGAGGAAAGACUAAUUCUGGAUUUAGAGGAGGUGGAGAGAAACCGUGAGUUAGUUGCUAAGGACAUCGAGAAAGUACGAGAGGAAGCAGAGAGGCUUGAUCAGGAGGAGGCUCGCUAUCAGAAGGAGUACAGUGAGUUCAAGCGCCAACAGUUGGAGUUAGAUGAUGAUUUAAAGAGUGUGGAGAAUCAGAUGAGAUAUGCUCAGAUACAGUUGGACAAACUGAAAAAGACCAAUGUCUUCAAUGCCACAUUCCACAUCUGGCAUAGUGGGCAGUUUGGCACAAUUAACAACUUUCGUCUUGGCCGCCUGCCUAGUGUGCCAGUGGAAUGGAAUGAGAUUAAUGCAGCCUGGGGCCAGACUGUUCUACUGCUUCAUGCUCUAGCCAAUAAGAUGGGGCUGCAGUUCCAGAGGUACCGGUUAGUGCCAUUUGGUAACCAUUCGUAUUUAGAGUCUCUUACAGACAAGUCUAAGGAAUUGCCCCUGUACUGUUCAGGUGGUUUGCGGUUUUUCUGGGAUAACAAGUUUGACCAUGCCAUGGUAGCUUUCCUGGACUGUGUGCAGCAGUUUAAGGAGGAGGUUGAGAAAGGAGACACUGGUUUCUGCUUGCCCUACAGGAUGGAUGUAGAAAAAGGAAAAAUUGAAGACACAGGAGGAAGUGGUGGAUCCUACUCCAUCAAGACCCAGUUCAACUCCGAAGAACAGUGGACCAAGGCCCUAAAAUUCAUGUUAACCAAUCUUAAAUGGGGACUAGCUUGGGUUUCCUCUCAGUUCUACAACAAAUGACACAGCAGUUGGUUGUUUUAUUGUUAAUGUCUGUGUUUGUUGUGUCGGUCACAGUGAGAGGUUUCUGCCGUUCAGAAGGUUGUGCCAAACCCCUUUACUGCCAGAGGCUGGCCCUGCUGGCAUUAUAAGGUUAAUGUAUUUCACCAUUUUUCCU